AUGAUGGAGCAGCCAAACAACUCUUCCGAGCCGCCUCUUUGGCCUCACGAUAGGCCUUCCGCGGGCCCUCUCGCCCAGUCCGCUUCGAUGCCCUUGCGCACCGCCAGCAGCACACCCGUUUCCUCCCCGGGCCUCUUCAGUCCUACGCCCUCUCGCCAUAUCCUCCACGCCUCCUCCAUGUCCGAGAGCAAUACUCCAGCGCCGCCAGCUGGAGGACCCUUUUUGCAUCCUUUACAAACACAUAAAGUCAGAGAAACCCACAAGGCCCUCAUCGACAAUGAUAACGUCACUGGUCGUAAGGUGAUUAAUCAGUAUGAAGUCAUUGAAGAAAUUGGCCGCGGCAUGCACGGCAAGGUCAAGCUUGCCCGCAAUCUCGAGUCUGGCGAGAAUGUCGCCAUCAAGAUUAUCCCCCGAUUUUCCAAGAAGCGCCGAUUAGGCAAAGUCACUGCCAUGUCCCCCGAGGACAAGACAAAGAAGGAAAUCGCCAUCCUCAAGAAGAUCCGCCACCCCAACGUUGUCGCCCUACUCGAAAUCAUUGACGAUCCCGAACUCAAAAAGAUCUACAUGGUACUCGAGCAUGUCGAGCUUGGCGAGGUUGUCUGGCGCAAAAAGGGCCUUCCCCAUGUCUGCCUCUACGAGCGUCGUCGAGCCGAGCGGGAGAUGCGUGGCGAAGCUCCCUCUCAGCAGGAGAUCCAAUACGACGAGAUGCUUGAGCGCCGUCAGGCCAUCAAGGAGAUGAAGCGUGCCCGCAUGGCCCAGAACUACACCGGCUCUGCAAACUUCUGGAGCGUCGAGAAUGGCGCCGCCGAGGAGUCGAGCAGCGUCGCCUGGUCACGUCUCUCGUCCAAGGAAGACUUUGACCUCUCCUCUAGCCACCCCUCCCGUUCCACCUCCCCGACUUCCUUCCAAUACCAGUCGCGCAGACCGUCUGCUGCCUCCUUCUCCGUCGCUGGUCCGACUGAGCUGGACGAGGAAGUGUACUGGGAUGAUAACAUAGUAACCCCCGGCCCCCUAACCGCCGAUAUCGAUCCCGUUGCUGCCAUGGAUGGCUUCGACGAGGACGGCUCUCGCUUCCGUCGCCGUUCUCCCAGCAUGGCCGACUCGAUCAUCUCUCACAUGUCUUCUAUAGACUAUAAUCCUCACGUUCACGACCCUUUUACCGACGACUACUCAUACGUUCCAUGCUUCACCUUUGAUCAGGCCCGCUCCGCAUUCCGAGACACUGUUCUCGGCCUGGAAUACCUUCACUACCAAGGCGUUGUCCACCGAGACAUCAAGCCCGCCAACUUGCUUUGGAGCAAGGAUCACCGCGUCAAGAUUUCCGACUUUGGUGUUUCCUACUUCGGGCGUCCCAUCCGCGAUGGGGAGCUCGACGAGCCUGUUUCCGAAUCCGAGGCCAAAGACUUUGACAACGACUUGGAGCUUGCCAAGACGGUCGGCACACCUGCCUUUUUCGCACCCGAGCUCUGCUACACCGAUAUCGACAAGGAACAGCCCAAAGUCUCUGAGCAGAUCGAUGUCUGGUCUCUCGGCGUUACGCUUUACUGUCUCAUCUUUGCCCGUAUCCCGUUCCUCGCCGAGGAUGAGUUCCGAAUGUUCAAGAAGAUUGCCACCGAGGAUGUGUAUAUUCCCCGACGCAGGCUCGCGCCCGUUCAUCCCUCUACCUCACCGGCAGGAACAUCACUUUACAAACGCCAGAACAGCCGGCCAUAUCGAGAUGACAAUGACGUCGUGUACGAAGACGUCGACAAUCUAUUGUACGACUUACUUCGCCAGAUGCUCACCAAGAACCCCGAAAAGCGCAUUCGUCUCAAAGACAUCAAGCGACACCCUUGGGUUGUACUGGGUCUUGCCAACCCCCGCGCCUGGGUCGAGGAGACGGAUCCUGCCCGACCUCUCGGUGGCCGCAAGAUUCAAGUCGACGAAAAGGAAAUGUCUGCAGCUGUUGUUCCUCUUACCUUUCUCGAGCGAGCUAGGUCCGCUGUGAAAAAGGCCGUCGGCAAGGUUAUCCAUCCGCUCGGCGAACGAAGCGAGAGCAGAACUCGCAGACGCGCAGACAGUUCCGCUGCCAGUUCGACUGGGGACAACUACUACAGGAGCAUGCCCACAACUCCACACCACAACGUCGAAAGGCGCUCCAUCUUUUCGCCCGAUGACUUCCUUGGCUCGAGACACAACUCUCCUUCCGUCGACCAUUCGGCCACCGCAUCUGCCACCAUCGGCGCCCCGCAGUCGGAUACUGGAUUUGGCUCUCGGACCUCGCUGCUGACGGCAUCCGACAUGAACCGUUCGGGCUCUGGUCUAUCCGAAGCAUUUGCCCAAGACGCGCUACCAACUGCAGGCCGCAGCUGGCAUCGUGCUACAGCAUCUCAGAGUAAACUUGGCAAUCAGUUCUUGAGCCUGUCUCCCGUUCUGGCCGAGCCUGCCAAGAUUCGGCCACUCACCAAUGAUGCUUCGGCUUCGGCUUCUGGAGCGGACAACCGGCAAAAGACUGCGCUGUUUAACAGCUUGGAUAAGAGAGCUACGGCGCAGGUUGGCCUCAGCCGGCCCAUGAUUGCAGGGGGUAGUCACCCCGGUGCUGCGAGCGUCCUCAUAAAGCGACCGCUAGACCAAGACAAGACCAGUGUCAGCGCAUAUACAUCGCCCCUGUCGUCUUCGCCUGUUACGUUCCCAAGCUACCGCAACGCUCAUCCCAAGUCGGACUCUGACUUCCAAGCUCGCCGUGACGGGGUAAUGAUGGAGGCAGUCGACUCUACAGAUGAUUUGGCUUCUCAAGCCGACUCUACAAAGGCGCUUGCAUCCAGCCCCGAGUCCUCCAUCGCCGCGCACUUGGACAUGGUCGCCCUCAGAGCCGAUGGCCUGAGCCCUCUGCCAAUUGCCAAACCUCGGCCCAUGUCCUUGCAGCAGGUUGGCUAUGCUGGCCACGGCAAGGCUAGUGCCCAGGGUACAGUCAAUUCUGCGAGCACUGAUUCGAUGGAAGUCCUUGCCACUCCGCUCACGAGCCCAAGUGACACAACCAGCCCAGUAGGGACAGCUCCGACAAGCAAGGGUACUCCUCAAAAGAUUCUGGCAUACCAAUCUGAUCCGUCUCUUCCUGCUCUCUUGAGCAACGCCAGCUCUGUUUCCGCGGACAUGGAAGGCGAGCUUCUCGGCCGGCCUGGCGUGGUACCCAGCCAGGCGCCUCUUCCCGGGGUUGGUGAGCCGCUGAACUCUGAGUCUUUGAGCAAAGUCGACAACGGCUAUGCCGCAGAGCAGUCAGUAUUCGGCAACGCCCCUGCGAUGGAGAGUGGUCCCCUCACCGUACAGCUUGACCAAAGUACACCGCACAGCCCGGUGCAGCCGGUAGCCGACGAACAGUACCCGGCUGAAGACCCACAUGACGACGACGGCAGUGACGACGACGGAUUCUGGCUGAUGACCAAGUCAAAGAGAAAGACUCUCAGCCCGGCGCCGCGCAGGCGACCGUUUGAGGCCCGACGCCGCGACACCAACCUGAGCAACAUAAGCAUUGCCAGCGACGAGACGGCGAAGCGUGUCGUUUUGCAUCCCGACGAUGCUGGUGUAUGA